AUGAUCGCACGAAUCGCCUUGAUUGCGGUAAUUCUGACUGUUUCUGCCUCUCCAUUGAGUAAGAAAUCCAUCAUUGACGACUGUCUGGCCGCAGCCAAAGUCCCAUACGAUGAAAAGGGUACUCUUCAGUGGGCUACUGAUGCAGCUCCAUUCAACGUCAGGAUUCCAUUUGUACCAGUGUCAGUAGCUGUUCCUCUCACGACGGAGCAUAUCCAAGCAACCAUCCGAUGUGGCCGACACAACGGCGUUAAAGUUACCCCUAAAUGCGGCGGCCAUAGCUACGCCAACUUUGGCUUCGGGGGUGAGGACGGACACCUGGUGCUCGAACUCGACCACAUGUACAAUGUCAGUCUCAACAAUGCCACCGGUAUUGCCACCGUGCAGGGGGGAAGCAGACUUGGUCACGUGGCGAGCGAGUUGUACAAGCAAGGUGGAAAGGCAAUAAGUCACGGAACAUGCCCUGGAUAUGGUAUGAGCUCACAUACCAAGGGUCUCGCUCUGGACUGGUUGGUGGGGGCCAAGGUCGUCCUCGCUAAUAGUAGUGUCAUCAUCGUCUCUGAAGCCGAGCACCCAGACGUCUUCUGGGCUUUGAAGGGUGCUGGCAGCUCCUUCGGCGUUGUCUCUGAAUUCUAUUUCAAGACAUUUGAUGCCCCUAAACAGGCUACGAACUUCUUAGCCACACUUCAAUGGGAUGCAGCGAAAUCAAUUGAUGGUUUCAAAAAGCUGCAAGACUGGGCCGACAGCACGAUGCCAAAUGAGCUUAACAUGCGACUAUUCAUCACACCACGCUUCACAAACCUGGAAGGAAUGUUUUAUGGUGACAAAACAGAUCUACAGACUGUACUUGAUCCGCUAUUGGCGACAAUAGGGGGACGAUUGACCACAUCGCAAACGACAGACUGGUUUGGUAACCUGCAGCAUUUUGGUAACGGUUUGGCUCUUGAUCAGAAAGACAACUACCAGAAGGUUAGCUAUCUCACUUACACAAUCCGUGUUGGUACACCUGCUGAGACCUGUACAGCAAGAUAA